AUGAAGAACUCAUACCUCGUGAUUGCAACUUUUGCAGCUGCUGUUCUCGCUGACAUUCCAACCUUCACUUCCACAAUUGUCUCUAGCUCAUGUUCCUUGGGCCCUUCCACUUUCAAGUUUUCGAAUGACACUUUGCCAGUGACCCAAGCAGACACUAGCCUGGAAGUCAGAGCCUCUAGCUUCGAUGACGUUAUUUACGAGACUGACGUGAUUACAAACGACCAAAUUUUCACAACCGACAGAGUCGUAUGCCAUGGAGGUUCUUGCUACACCACCACUGACAUUGAAACCUGGACAACCACCACUGCCACAAUCGAUGGUGUCUUGACCACAAUUGUCACCCACGUCCCUGUCUCGUCAGAAUCUUCAAAACAACUGGAGACCACAAAUGCUAUGCCAACAACAACAACCGAUAUCGAAACUACUAUCUUGACAAUUACAUCGUGCUCCAAUGAGGUAUGCAAGCCAACCGCGGUCACCACAGGCUUGACCAAGGUCACUUCCACUGUGAGCGGCGAAACGACCAUUUUCACCACUUACUGCCCAAUUAGCAAGGAAAAUGAGUCAACUAAGACUCUCUCCUCCACAACGGUAAUUACGGUAAGUUCAUGUUCGAAAGAUGUUUGCCAUUCAUCUGCUGUGACGACUGGUGUCACACAAUUGACAACCACUAUACACGGAGUUGAGAGUAUUUAUACAACAUAUUGUCCAAUCGAGAGUAGCCAAAGCCCUGCCUCGAAGGAACCAUCUGCAAAGGAAAUUACUAUUUCGGAAACAAAGGUUGUGACUAUCACCUCGCAAAAGGCACAAGAGACUCAGUCUUCAGCACCAGCAGGCACAAUUAAUGUUAUAACUAAUAACAUUGUCACUCAGUCUUCUACUGAAAUACCCGCUUCCAAGUCCACCUCUGUGCCACUCAUAUCCACUUACGAAGGCGGUGCUGGUCGCAUCAUUCCAACAUUCUUGGGAGGCUUAUCUCUUCUUUUCGCAAUCCUCUGA